AUGAAAAACGUACUAACAUAUUCACUCAUUUGGGACUUUUUCGAAAUAUCUGCUACUGAUGAUGCACUGAUUAACAGUUCUAAUUAUUUCAAAGUUGAAAAUACAGUACCAGCUGGUUCAGUGUUAGUAACAAAUGGUAUUAAUGUUAUCAGACAGGUGUUACAUCCUCUUGCAUUACGGUUGUCUUUCACACUGUCUCCAUUGUUCCACAAAUUUAUCGAUAUCUCGCGAUUCGAAGCUUUACCAUUUGACGGGAAGUGCUCACUAGAGGAUGAACUAGAUCUGAUACGUGACAGGAUACAUUAUUUAUGUGAAGGUAAAUGA